AGCUGCAGCGCAGUAGUGGAGCGGCUGUGUUUGUGCACACAGGCAGGAUCUGUGGAUCAUAGAGCCCCACUGCGCCCUGUGGACGCACCGAUUCUCUGUGGAUAUACUGACAGGAGGAGACUGGAAACACGGGAUUAGGACAAGAUCCUGAUGUCCUGUUUGUCCCAGAGACACCAGAAAACCUCAUCGUUCCUUACAACACGUUCCGAGUGAUUGUCCCGUGUCGGGUGUCCCACCCAACGCUUCCUGUCGUCCUGAGGAGCAUGUCCAGCGGGGAGAAGAUCAGUGACUUUUAUGUUGACAAGACAGGCUUUAUUGAAAGGAUCUCUCCUGGGCAGUACCAGUGUGAGACCACUGUGAAGGGCCGGACCUUCACCAGUGCCAUCUACACUGUAAAAGAUGAGGAACCUGAGGAGCUGGAGGAUUUUGAGGUGGAAGUUAAAGCCAGUGAAGAGACGGUGAGGGCCGGGCAGCCUCUCAACAUCUCCUGCAUCACCCCAGCUGGAGCCGAUUACUUUCAGUACUGGCUUCAUCCAAAAACACAGGCUCCAAAUGCGCUUCAGACCAAGCAGACUUCUCCUGACUGGGUCAUUUACACUCUCAGUAUCCCACAAGCCAGCUCUCAGGACAGCGGCACCUACCAGUGCUCCAUCACACACGCAGCCAGUGGAAAAACCCGAGUCAGCAGCGUGGCUGUAACUGUGUUUGAGGAGAAUUCAUUCCUGACCCUGGACCACAGUGGGAUUCUUACAACUGAGUUUGUUAGCAUUUUCGAGGCGACAGAAUUUACCAUUCUCAUCAACGCUUACCCCGUCCCCAAAGUGUCAUGGCUGAAAGAUGGCAAAGAACUGUCAGAGAACUAUUACAUCUUCACCAAAACAAGCCACACUGAAGGCAAUCGGUAUGAAAGCGUUCUGAUGUUCCGCCAUCCUCUGGAGAAAGACAAUGGAAAUUACACCAUUACAGUCGUGUGUGGCUCUCACAGAACCCAGUUCUCUUUUUCCAUUAAAGUGAGAGUUUCUGCUGGAGUGAUGAUCCCUCCUUCCUCGGCCCCCGUGUUGCUGCCGGAUGUGGAUGAGAUGGUGGUGCCUCUUCACACGUCGUUCAGCUUGACGUGUCGAGGAGUGGCUCGGCUGGGAUGGGAUAUGCCAUUUGAUAUGCCUGAGCAAACUCAAGAGGAUAGCAGCGGUCUGUUUGUCACCACCAUCACCGUCGACAGUGCAACAGUAACGCACACUGGCUACUAUACAUGCUUCUACAGCGCAAACAGCACAGGCGACACAGAGGAAAGCAGCAUCUACAUCUAUGUACCAGAUCCCAAUACUCCUUUUGUGCCAUCACUGGGGCAUUAUCUAAACCAUGUCCUGACUGACUARGAGGAGAUGGAGAUACCAUGUAGGGUGUCUAACCCCCAAGCUCACGUGACGCUCGUGAAUGUUGACACACAGCAGCCUGUGCCAAGUGUUUACGACAGUAAAAGAGGUGCUUUGGGGAUCUUUACCGCAGGAACAUAUGUUUGUAAGGCUGUCAUACAAGGAGAAGAGCACUUCAGCAGUGAAUACAUCGUACAUGGUGUGAUAGGUGCCUUGAAUGUUGAGCUGUCAGCCAAAAAGUCCACACUACUGGUGGGAGACACUAUUACUGUCAACUGUCUAGCUCGAGGAUCUGACAUAUUGGAGGACCACUGGAAAUACCCUGGAAAGCUGGUCAACCGUGGCAGCAAAACUGUCCGUGAAAAUAAGAGAGACCAAGAGAUCCUGUAUACCCUAACAAUUCCUCAAGCCACAACCAAAGACAGUGGAACCUACUCCUGUUCCAUUACGGACAUUAUUUCUAAUGAAAGUCGGACAAAGCAACUUGCCAUCCAAGUGUUUGCGAGUAAAUUUGUGUCCAUCCAGCCGGAGUUCGGGGAUUAUGAAUCUACUGAGCUGGAUGAUGUCCGGGAGUUCAGAGCAAAGAUCGACUCCUUUCCCGAUGCUCAUGUCACUUGGCUCAAAGAUGGCGUUCCUCUCGGUGAUGUAACUGCUGAGAUCUCCACCAGCCUGCAGCAGAUCAGUGACAUCAGCUACAUGAGCAUUCUCACAUUAAUUCGUGCCAAGAAGGAGGACAGUGGAAACUACACCAUUCAUGUGCAGAAUGGAAACCAGAGUCGUGAUGUCAGCUUCAUCCUGGAGGUUAAAGAGCCUGCAGUCAUUGUAGAUUUAAUGGAUCUUCACCACGGUUCAACCUCAGGCCAGUCUGUGGUGUGCAUCACCAGGGGGCAGCCCACUCCUGUGGUGGAGUGGUUUAUCUGCAGUAACAUCAAACACUGUGCCAAUGAUUCGUCUUCCUGGCUGCCCCUUCCGAUCAACUCCACAGAGAUCACCACGGAGUCGCACUUUGAUGACGAGAGCAACCUGGAGAGCCAGGUCAUGUUUGGUCAUCUGAAAAGCACGCUGGCGGUACGUUGCCUUGCCAGGAAUGAAAUGGCUGCCGUUAGCAGGGAAAUCAAGCUGGUGUCCAACGGCCCUCACCCUGAGCUGACUGUAGCUGCUGCUGUGCUGGUGCUCCUGGUCAUUGUCAUCAUCUCACUCAUUGUCUUGGUUGUCAUCUGGAAACAGAAACCAAGAUAUGAGAUCCGGUGGAGGGUCAUAGAGUCUGUAAGCCCAGAUGGCCAUGAGUACAUCUAUGUGGAUCCCAUGCAACUUCCGUAUGACUCCAGAUGGGAGUUUCCCCGGGACAGACUUGUGCUUGGUCGUAUCCUGGGCUCUGGAGCUUUUGGGAAAGUGGUGGAGGGCACCACUUAUGGACUCAGCCGCUCUCAGCCUGUUAUGCAGGUGGCAGUGAAAAUGUUGAAACCCACGGCUCGGUCCAGUGAGAAACAAGCCCUGAUGUCUGAACUCAAGAUCAUGACUCAUCUCGGACCCCAUCUCAACAUCGUUAACCUCCUGGGAGCGUGCACCAAGUCAGGCCCUAUCUACAUUAUCACCGAGUACUGCUUCUACGGAGACCUGGUCAACUAUCUGCACAAGAACAGGGAGAACUUCCACAGCCUGAGCCCAGAGAAAAGCAAAAAGGAUCUGGAUAUCUUUGGUAUCAACCCUGCAGAUGAGAGCAGCAGGAGCUACGUGAUCCUGUCCUUUGAGAGGAAAGGAGACUACAUGGAUAUGAAGCAGGCGGACAACACUCAGUAUGUCCCCAUGCUGGAGAUGUGCAGCUCCUCCAAGUAUUCUGACAUCAGGAGGUCGAACUACGACCACCCUCCCUCACAGAAAGACUCCAACGAGUCCGAGAUCGACACCCUGCUGUCAGACGACAUGAACGAAGGCCUCACAACCGUCGACCUGCUGAGCUUUACCUAUCAGGUGGCCAGAGGAAUGGAGUUUCUUGCCUCCAAAAAUUGUGUGCACCGCGACCUUGCAGCCAGGAAUGUUCUUCUUUCUCAGGGCAAAAUUGUUAAAAUCUGUGACUUUGGACUGGCCAGAGACAUCAUGCAUGAUAACAACUAUGUCUCCAAAGGAAGCACAUUUUUGCCAGUAAAGUGGAUGGCACCAGAAAGCAUUUUCGACAACCUCUACACGACUCUCAGUGAUGUUUGGUCUUAUGGUAUCCUCCUCUGGGAAAUUUUUUCCUUAGGUGGUACACCGUAUCCAGGGAUGGUGGUUGACUCCAGCUUCUACAACAAGAUCAAGAGUGGAUACAGGAUGUCCAAACCAGAGCACGCACCACCUGAUGUGUAUGAGAUGAUGAUGAAGUGCUGGAACAGUGAGCCAGAGAAGAGGCCUUCCUUCUUGGGUCUGAGUGAAACUGUGGAGUCUUUGCUGCCCUCCAGUUAUAAGAGACAUUAUGAGAGAGUCAACCAUGACUUCCUGAAAAGUGACCAUCCCGCUGUGAUUCGAGUGGGCGUGGAAACCGAUGCAGAUUAUGUUGACAUCCCAUACAAGAACCAGGCAAAGCUAAAAGACCGGGAAAGCAGCUUUGAUGAGCAGCGACUGAGCUCUGACAGUGGCUACAUUAUCCCACUUCCAGACCUCGAACCAAUCUCAGAUGAAGACUAUGGAAAGCGGAACAGACACAGCUCUCAAACGUCUGAGGAGAGCGCCAUUGAGACGGGCUCCAGCAGCUCCACCUAUGRUAAACGUGAGGGGGAGACUUUGGAGGACAUCACACUGCUGGAUGAGAUGUGUCUGGACUGUAGUGACCUGGCGGAGGACAGCUUUCUGUGACGGUGGAGCCCGAGCAGAGCAGAGAGGGAGGGGCCAAAGACUGACCACGCCUCCUCCUCUCAGACUGCCAAAACUAAAACCACUUCACAGUCUGAGUGAGGCUGUGAUGACCCCAAGGUACACCCACCUCUUCUACUUAGACAAUGACCCACUUUGGGUGAAGAUGUGGACAAGCAUUAUUAAAACCUCAAGGGAAGGACGACAACAACCGCUGGGCCCUCUGUGUCAGACUUUUCCAACAACAACAACAACAACAACAACAACAACAACAACAACAAAAA